AUGGUAUUCUUGUACAAACACAACAGUUUAGAUAGGUUUCUCCAUCGGUUUGACAAAAAAUUUCUAUAUGUAAGUAAUAAUUUUUUAGGUAUGUUCAUGAAACUUAAUAAUUACCUACAACCAUCUACGAUUAUCUGUCACAAUUUAUUUCUUUUACGUUUUAUCAACAAUAAAUACGCAAACACACGUAAACUUAUUACAUCAUUAUCUAAGAAAAAUAUUGUUUUAAACAUUAAGCUAAAAAAGUAUUAUAUUAAGUAUUAUAGACUAGGAGAUCGUGAAAGACAAUGGCAAUUUAUAGUGCAACACACUUCAGCAGAACCUAUAAAACGUAUUACAUUAGACCGCAAGAAUAAUAUAAUUCAAAGCGUAAAAUACUAUUUACCCAUAAAUAACACAAAAUUACAAGUAUGUAGACUAUUUUUCAAAAAUACAUUGAAUGUAAUACAUCAAACUAUAUAUUCUGCUUUAUAA